CAGACCUUGGCACGCGGGUCAACAUCCCCGGACCAGCGACGAAAGCGACGAAAGCGACAGCCGACGACACGGCAUGCGGCCGAGCUAGCUUCGAGCUCCGAACCCGAGGCCAAUUGACCCUUACACAUACCGAUAUACGCCAUGUCGCGGCUUGCGGGCAGGAUGCCCAAAAGCCUGGGGCAGCGCUGGACAGCUCCGGUCGGUGCGACAGCUGCUGGUGCUGCUGCUGCUGCUCGCCGGUCGACAUGUCUCUCUCUCCGUAUUGUGCCCGCGCGCUUCUCAUCGACAGAGAACAACAGCAACAAACCUAGGCCGAGCGGGCAUUCAUUCCAGGGCCAGCUGACCCACAGUAUCAUGAACCGUCUGCAGCGGGAGAGGUCCGAUCUCGAACGCAUGGCUAGGACGCGGCCCGAGUCGAAUAUCGCAAGGAACUUUAGUCUUACCUUCGUCCUCUUCUUCGUCGGCUCCGUUUCAUGGCUGCUCGGCUACCAGUACCCGCGCGAUGUCGACCCCAACUCGACGCUACCCCUCAACGCAACACGACCGCCGUCCUACAAGCUCAACCCGGCCCAUCUCGAAGCCGCCUGGGCCGACUUCGUCGAGAUCGUCGGCCAGGAGAACGUCAGCACAGUCGAGGACGACAUCAAGCAGCAUGCCACCUCGGACUGGUCCUCCCACCAAUCCGACCCCGCCCACAAGCCCUUCUGCGUCGUCUACCCCUCUACCACCGAGCAGGUGGCCGCCCUCAUGAAGAUCUGCCACGUCCGCCAAAUCCCCGUCGUCGGCUACAGCGGCGGCACCAGUCUCGAGGGCCACUACACGCCGACGCGCGGCGGCAUCUGCGUCGACUUCAGCCGCAUGGACAAGGUGCUGGCCCUGCACAAGGAGGACCUGGACGUGGUGGUGCAGCCGGGCGUCGGCUGGGAGGCCCUCAACGAGCAGCUGGCCGAGCACAACCUCUUCUUCCCCCCCGACCCGGGGCCGGGCGCCCAGAUCGGCGGCAUGAUCGGCACGGGCUGCAGCGGCACCAACGCCUACCGCUACGGCACCAUGCGCGAGUGGGUCCUGUCCCUGACCGUCGUGCUCGCCGACGGCACCGUCAUCAAGACCCGCCAGCGCCCGCGCAAGAGCAGCGCCGGCUACGACCUGACCCGCCUGUUCAUCGGCUCCGAGGGCACCCUGGGGCUGGUGACGGAAGCCACGCUCAAGCUGUGCGUCACGCCCGCCGCCGCCUCCGUCGCGGUCGCGAGUUUUCCCUCUAUCCGCAACGCGGCCGACUGCGUGGCGCGCGUGGUGGGCGACGGGGUGACGGUCGCCGCCGUCGAGAUCCUCGACGACGACCAGAUGCGCUUCAUCAACGCGCUGGGCAACACGACGCGCAAGUGGCGCGAGGCGCCCACGCUCUUCUUCAAGUUCUCGGGCUCGCCCGCGGGCGUCAGGGAGCAGGUCGACCUCGUGCGCGCCGUCGCCCGCCGCGCCGGCGGCCAGUCCUUCGACUUCGCCCGCGACGACGCCGAGCAGGCCGAGCUGUGGUCCGCGAGGAAGGAUGCCCUGUGGGCCACCAUGGGCCAGCGCCGUCCCGGUGAUCAUGUCUGGACGGGGGAUGUGGCCGUGCCGAUGAGCAGGCUGCCGGAUAUUAUUGAGGAGACGAAGCGGGAUCUGAAGACGACGGGGUUGACCAGCUCGAUUGUGGGGCAUGUGGGGGAUGGGAACUUUCAUAUUAUUCUCUUGUACAAUGAGAUGGAGCGGAAGCUGGCCGAGGACUGCGUCCACCGCAUGGUGAAGCGGGCCGUCGAGAUGGAGGGCACCGUUACGGGUGAGCACGGAGUCGGCCUCGUCAAGCGCGAUUACCUGCCCCACGAGCUGGGCGAGACGACGGUGGAUGCUAUGAGGAAGAUCAAAGCCGCCUUCGACCCCCUGUGCCUCCUCAACUGCGACAAGGUCGUCCGUGUGCAAAAGCCUGCCCGCGGGGAGGUGGCUGAGUGGUAGUGGAAAGCCAUUUGUACAAUUUAACUCGGCAGCUUAUUCAGGUGUCGAAAUGUAUACCCUGUCUCAUAUGCAUGCUU